CAGAGUUCUCUUUCUGUCCAGGACAGAGAGCAAGUUGCAAUGGGGGACACAGAGAAAGGGAAGAAGGCUUUUGUCCAGAAGUGUUCCCAGUGCCACACGGUGGAUGAGGGGGGACGACACAAGGUGGGACCUAACCUCUGGGGCCUGUUUGGCCGGAAGACAGGACAGUCACCUGGAUACUCCUACACACAGGCCAACACCAACAAGGGUAAGGUCUGGGAGGAGAAGACACUAAUGGUCUAUCUAGAGAACCCUAAGAAGUACAUCCCAGGUACCAAGAUGAUCUUUGCUGGUAUCAAGAAGAAGAAAGAGAGAGAGGACCUGAUAGCCUAUUUAAAGGAUGCCACUUCAUAG